AUGACAGUGCGAAUGCUCAUAUUGAAAGGUAAACAUUGCAGAAAUAGAAGAACUUUGGAUGGGAAAUUAUUCCUCACCUACGGUAUUUUUCUGAUUUGCAGUCUCCAGGACUCAUUAAGUGGCAGGAACAAGAAUUCAGUCGAUGAAGUGAAAAACGAGAAUGAGGAAAACUAA